AUGGCGUCCACUUUGGAGAAUGCCAAUCCCACUGUUUUUCAACAAAAACAAGAGCGGCUGGUACUUCCAGAAGAAGAGGAUGAAGAUGUUGUUGAUAAGAUCGACGAAAGAGAAGUAUUCGAUAUCCUUUUUAAGCCACUGCUUGUGCAAUUCGGUUAAAUUAUCUCCAUAUAUUGUUCAGCUUCAGGCUUUCUCUAAUGUUAAUGUUGUUUUGCGCGACCACGUAAGAGAGAAUGUAUGGAAGCUGCUAAAAUUGGGCCUGAUCUCAUUAGGCAUUCUCACGCUUAAAUAACGUCAACAGGGCUAUCAACCCCACAAGUCUUCAAAUAUUGAGAAUUAAUAGGGAAGGGAUGGAUGACGUUAUAUCGCACGGUAUAUGACGUCAUUUGUGCAAAAAAUACUUGUUCACCCAAUCGUCACGAAUUUGUGAUGUUUCACAUUAUAGUGUACAUUGCAAUGGCAUAAUAUACCAUACCAAAGUUUAUGAGGAAACGUUCGAUGUUAACAGUAAAAUAGCUCAAACAACACAAAAUAUUUAAAAGUUUAUUGCCAGAAAGUGGAGUCUACUACCGAAUGGCAAACUUUGGUGAAUAUCAGGGAGAUUUCAUACUCUAAUCGGGAGACCGGGAGAUACAGACCAAAAUCUGGAGUCUCCCUGAUUAUCUGGGAGAGUUGACAGCACUGUGUCAAAUACACAUUUUAAAAGCACUCUUCAAUCUUUAUAGGCUCCGGGGGGUGGGGGGGGAGUACUCCCUUUACAUAGGCCAUACGGGUAUGUGCUGCCCCAAAGGGUAGCAUUUUUGUGCCGUUUUGGUCUGAAAAUGGGUAUAGACUUUGCCCAGUUUGGUCUGGAAUCGGGUAUGCACAUUCCAAAUGAGUAAGAAAGAAAGACAAAUAUGCAAAUUUGGAAUAGAUUUUAAGAAAUAUCUUUUUUGUUGCUGUUGUAAUCUAAGUAGUGAUGACAUUUUUCUAAGAGGCCAGGACCCAGUUGUUCAAAAGGUAGAUAGCACUAUCUACUGCAUAAAAUAUCUCUAUCCAGUGGAUAGCGCAAUUGGUUUCCCUAAUACUUAUCCAGUGGAUAGUGAUUUAUCUGGUGGAGAGUGCUAUCCAGCUUUUGAGCAGCUGGGGCUUGGUCUGAAAAUGGGUAUGGAUUUUAAAGGCCAGCUCUGAAAACUGCUGUGAAAAAUGACAUUUUGUGGUCUGAAAUAGGGUCAGGAUUUGGAGAACUGGGGAGCAAACCUCCAUCAAAAAUUCCCAGGAGUACCCCCCUGGGCAAACCCCCGGGCAUUUGACUUUUUUGAAAAAUUUUGGUCAAAUUCGAUAUGUUGGCAGUUUAGAUGGUCAAACACCCCACCGGCCAGUGCUUCAAAAAGCGUCAAAUCCCCCACCCACCAGGUAUUAAAGUGAUGUAAAUAUCCUACCAAACACAACCGAAAUAUAUAUCUGGUGGGGGGUGAGGAGGAGGGGGGAGGGUGGUGGUGGUGUUGACUGGUACAUAAGCAUAAAUAAACUCUAGGGUGCAGGUUUUUCCUUGACUGGUUUAGAUCUCAUUCGUUCCAUCAAUGACCCAGAACACCCCCUUACGCUUGAACAGUUAAACGUUGUUGAACAGUCCUUAGUGAAAGUGGAUGAUGACAAUGAUUAUGUCAAAAUACAGUUCACGCCUACAAUACCACAUUGCAGCAUGGCAACACUCAUUGGAUUAGCCAUUCGAGUACAGCUUCUCAGAUCGCUGCCUGACAGGUUU